AUGACCAAACCUAAGUUAGAUGCAUGUGAGCAGCGCUGGGUUUCAAAGCUUGCCCCGUACAAUUUUAAAAUCAAGUACGUCCCUGGAAGGUUGAAUGUGGUGGCAGAUGCAUUCAGUCGUGACCCAUUUGUAAAGCCAGUGAGUCAACGUCUUCUGUACGAACCUUACUCUGAACUGCUGGAGCACAUCAACUGCGUCACCUUCCCUGUGCCCGCGUCUGCGCUGGAGCAGCAGCUUCUCAAGCCCAAUGAAUGGAGCUACUGCGACUAUUUCUGGGCCGAUAAGAGGGACCCUCAGGGGGCUACGGUGUCAGGGUUCGAGGUGCUGCUGCAGAAACAGCUGAAGGGGAAGCAGAUGCAGAAAGAGAUGGCAGAGUUCAUCAGAGAAAGGAUAAAAAUCGAAGAGGAAUAUGCCAAGAACCUUUCCAAACUCUCCAUGUUCCCGAUGGCAGCACAAGAGGAAGGGACUCUUGGAGAAGCUUGGGCCCAACUUAAGAAGAGUCUAGCUGAUGAAGCUGAGGUCCAUCUCAAGUUCUCCUCAAAGCUCCAGAGUGAAGUCGAGAAGCCUUUACUGACCUUCAGAGGAGACAACUUUAAAAAAGACAUGAAGAAAUGCGACCACCACAUCGCUGACCUGAGGAAGCAGCUGGUCAGCCGUUAUGCUGCUGUGGAGAAGGCACGGAAGGCUCUAGCAGACAGACAGAAGGAUCUUGAGGUGAAAACACAGCAGCUUGAGAUCAAAUUGAGCAACAAAACAGAGGAGGAUUUUAAAAAAGCCAGACGGAAAUCCACACAAGCAGGUGAUGAUCUGAUGCGUUGUGUGGACCUUUACAAUCAGGCUCAGUCAAAGUGGUUUGAGGAGAUGGUCACCACAAGCCUGGAGUUGGAGAGGUUGGAGUUGGAGCGGGUAGAGACGAUACAGCAGCUUCUGCGUCAGUACACCACACUGCGGCAUGAGACGGAUAUGUUCAACCAAAGUACGAUGGAGCCAGUGGACCAGCUUCUGCAGAGUGUGGAUACUGCCAAAGACAGAGAGCUCUGGGUAAAGGAACACAAGACGGGGGAUCUGAGACCUGUGGACAUGGACAUCUAGACAAAACACACACACACUAUACUAUAUGAAUCUACCUGCAUGCCUGUCUACCUGAAUACUUCAACCUCUCAGCCAAAGCCAUACAGGUAUCACCCCUUGAAGCACUGCUUGUUUUGUGGAUUUCCACUGAAAAUAUUAGAUAAUUACAAAAUUACACAAAGCUUUAUAGAAGAUUUUCUUAAUGUCAUGUGGAAUGAGUGACGGGAAAGGACAGCAGCACAGCAGACGCAUUAUGAUACUGAGUAGCCAUCCAUAUAAUUCUGCAUGUGCUUUGAAUAAUAUGCUACUUAAGACUUCCCGGUAUGUCAAUUACAUUAACAUGAUUCAAGUAGUAAAGGCACCAUUGAUAUAGAUCUGAACAAAUACUGUACAGUAAAACACCUCUUUGUUCAUUUGCCGCAGUGGACUCCUGUUAAACAAACUUAAUCCAAUCAGUUUUUUUUUAAUCUUUUUGGUGUUGAAACAGUGUACACACAUUGAACUGCACAGCUAGUUUGCAGAUCUUUAUAGUUGCCUGGACUAAAGCGUGAGUCAAAGGUUUGAACACAUGUAAGCGGACAGCUUCAGGAUGCCAUAUAGGUGUUCAAAGACCUCAAAAAUGAUUAAUCCUUAGCAGAAAUAACCAGCAUCAAAGUUACAGGGUGGGGUGGGUUGGGGGAGUUAAAGCAUAUCAUCGUUUAGUAGUUAUAUUGUUAAAUCUGUAUUGUAUUUAAAAAAAAAAAAGUUUUGUUUUUGCAACAAGGAAUGCAGUGGAAAGUUUUUAAUGCUAUUUUCACAAACUCCACAUAAACUGCUGGUGAAUCACCUGCCUUCCUUAUGAGAGAGGGAUCAGGUUGCAUUGGUUAAGUAUGGGAUUGAUAUAUUUUCAUAUUUUUGCAGAUUUAUUUUACAGAAAAGCAUGUUUUAUCUAAAUGUAGGACUAGUUGUGUAUGGU